GCCCGCCGAGCCAUGUCGUUGAGCCCCAAGCACACGACGCCCUUCUCCGUGUCCGACAUCCUGAGCCCCAUCGAGGAGACCUACAAGAAGUUCGGCGGCCUCAUGGACGGCGCGCCGCCCGGCCUGGGGACGCCCCUGGGGGCCGCCGCCUACCGCGCGCCGCCGCCCGGCCCCUCCUCGCAGGCGGCGGCCGUGGCGGGCAUGCAGCCGCCCCACGCCAUGGCCGGACACAACGCGGCGGCGGCGGCGGCGGCGGCGGCAGCGGCGGCGGCGGCGGCCGCUACCUACCACAUGCCGCCCGGCGUCUCGCAGUUCCCGCACGGCGCCAUGGGCAGCUACUGUAACGGCGGCCUGGGCAACAUGGGCGAGCUGCCCACAGCCUACACGGACGGCAUGCGGGGCGGCGCGGCGGCCGCGGCCACCGGCUGGUACGGCGCCAACACGGACCCGCGCUACUCGUCAAUCUCCAGGUUCAUGGGGCCGUCGGCGGGCGUGAACGUGGCCGGCAUGGGUUCGCUGACCGGCAUCGCGGACGCCGCCAAGUCGUUAGCGCCCCUGCACGCGGCCGCGCCGCGAAGGAAGCGCCGGGUGCUCUUCUCGCAAGCGCAGGUCUACGAGCUGGAGCGGCGCUUCAAGCAGCAGAAGUACCUGUCGGCGCCCGAGCGCGAGCACCUGGCCAGCAUGAUCCACCUGACGCCCACGCAGGUCAAGAUCUGGUUCCAGAACCAUCGCUACAAGAUGAAGCGGCAGGCCAAGGACAAGGCGGCGCAGCAGCUGCAACAGGAGGGCGGCCUGGGACCCCCGCCGCCGCCGCCGCCGCCGCCCUCGCCUCGCCGCGUCGCCGUACCCGUGCUAGUGAAGGACGGCAAGCCGUGCCAGAACGGCGCGGGCACCCCGACGCCUGGCCAGGGAAGCCAGCAGCCGCAGGCCUCGACGCCCGCGCAGGAGCUGGAGGAGCUGUCGCCCAGUCCGCCCGCGCUGCACGGUCCCGGGGGCGGUUUAGCGGCCCUGGACGCUGCCACCGGGGACUAUGGUGGAGGAGUGCUCGGCGCCAACCUGCUCUAUGGCAGGACGUGGUGAUGGGCCCCCCGGGGUCCGCCUGCAAGAUUCGCAGGAUCUGCCAAGAAACUACAAGAACGGAUGGGGAAAAUGUACAGAAGCUGAGCUUUUAGUGCAUGGAGAUAAGAACGAAUGAG